AGUGGAAAUUUGAUCUUCUCUUCCUCCAGCGUGAAAUUUCAUUGAAUCUCUCUCUCACACACUCUCUCUGAACUGAAACCCUACCCGAUUCUUAUCUGUCCCCCCCAUCUCAAGCGAAUUGGGUCUGAAUCCGAGAGGAGGUAGGAUUCUGUCCAAGCCACGGAUAAGGGUGGGGGGGCAUCUGUCGGAAUCGAUUUGAGCGGGAGGAGUCGGAAGAGGCGUUGGAGGUUAAGCUAUGGACGGUGAUUCCUGGAGCGCUCGUCUCUCUUCGGCUUCGAGGCGGUACCAGUCCGCUCUUCAAUCCCGAUCCGAUAUGUUCACGGGAUUUGAAGAAAUUGAUGGGGAUGAUGAUAUAAGGGAGGAGUUUCCAUGUCCAUUCUGUUCAGAGUACUUUGAUAUAGUCGGAUUGUGCUGCCACAUUGAUGACGAGCAUCCUCUGGAGGCAAGGAAUGGGGUAUGUCCAGUUUGUGCAAUGAGGGUGGGGGUUGACAUGGUUGCUCACAUAACCCUACAUCAUGGAAAUAUAUUCAAGAUGCAGCGCAAGAGGAAAUCACGUAAAAGUGGUUCUCAUUCUACACUAUCAUUGUUGAGGAAAGAACUUCGAGAAGGAAACUUCCAGUCCCUUUUUGGGGGUUCUUCCUGUAUAGUCUCCUCAUCCAAUGCAGCACCAGAUCCAUUGUUGUCAUCAUUUAUUUUACCCAUGGGUGAUGAUUUUGUUAGUGUUCAAUCUCAGUUUCCAACUGAAACAGUUUCGGUUAAGAGAAGCUCUGGGGAGAAAGAAUCAAAGAGAAAUGUCCAGUCAUCUCCGCUCUCUAUCAAGGAUCAGGAAGAGAAGGCAAAAAGAUGUCAUUUUGUUCAUGGGCUGUUGCUGUCCACCAUUCUUGAUGACAAUUUAUGAAGAUCAGAAUGGUUGCUUAUUAGUCUUCAAACUUACAAUCAAAAGCCCUGCAAUGUAUGGUUUGUUUUUAGUGUAUCUGCCAAUGUACUAAACAGAGAGUGUGGAAUAAGGUGUAGGAAUGAGUGUAAUUUACGUCGCAUGUGAACUUUAGUUGCUAGGCCUGAACGUACUUCUAUAUUAUCUUUUAGUGUCAGGUCAUAAAUUAAAAUGAAAAGAAAUAAGUUAUCUCUA